AUGGGUUUGCUGACACAAGGGUCGCCAUUGAACUGGGAAGAGACCAAAAACUACGCGGAUCAUGUCAGAAAACACGGCAUCAUCCAAUUCCUAAAUAUUUAUAACAAGGCAAAAGACCGAAAGAAUGACGUCCUCAAAUGGGGUGAUGAGGUUGAAUACAUGUUGAUAGCGAUGGAUCACAGCAAUCAGAAAGUUCGUCUGCUGCUCAGUGGAAGUGAUGUCUUGCACACUCUUCAAGAAAAAGGUGAAAAUACCAACCCCAACCACCCGACCCUCUGGAGGCACGAGUACGGCAGCUACAUGAUUGAAGGCACUCCUGGCCAGCCCUAUGGAGGAACAAUGUCUGAGUUCAACACUGUGGAAGACAACAUGGGGAAACGACGGAGGGAAGCCUCUUCUUUACUGAAAGAAAACCAGACACUGUGCACCAUCACAGCAUUCCCAAGAUUGGGCUGCCCUGGUUUUACUUUCCCAGAGUUUGAUCCCAAACCAGUUGAAAAAGGAGCAUCCACAUCUUUGUUUUUUCCAGAUGAAGCAAUUAAUCAGCAUCCCAGGUUUAGAACAAUUAACACACAUGUAAAUCACAGAAGAGGAGAGAAAGUAGUGAUCAAUGUACCCAUCUUUAAAGACAAAAACACCCCAUGUCCUUUUACUGAGAAAUUCCCGACAGAUGACGAAGAGUCAGCAAGGGCAGCUUCUCCAGACCACAUAUACAUGGAUUCUGUGGGAUUCGGAACAGGAAACUGUUGCCUUCAGGUCACAUUCCAAGCUUGUAACAUGAUAGAAGCUAGAUAUUUGUAUGAUCAGCUCGCCACAAUAUGCCCCAUUGUGAUGGCUUUGAGUGCAGCUUCUCCAUUUUAUAGAGGCUACGUGUCUGAUAUUGACUGUCGCUGGGGAGUGAUCUCUGCUUCCAUCGAUGACCGAACACGUGAAGAGCGGGGUUUAGAGCCCCUAAAACACAAUAAAUAUCGGAUCAGUAAAUCCAGAUAUGAUUCCAUAGACAGCUACCUCUCCAGUUGUGGUGAAAAAUACAACGACAUUGAAUUAACAAUAGAUGAAGAUAUCAACAAGCAGCUGUUAGAUGCAGGGGUUGACAGACUCUUGGCACAACAUGUAGCCCAUCUUUUUAUCCGUGAUCCUUUGUUGGUUCUUGAAGAGACAGUUCAUCAGGAUGAUGAGAAUGAGUCUGAACAUUUUGAGAACAUUCAAUCAACCAACUGGCAGACUAUGAGAUUUAAACCUCCUCCUCCCAACUCUGACAUUGGAUGGAGAGUAGAGUUUCGCCCAAUGGACGUCCAGUUGACAGACUUUGAAAACUCAGCAUACGCUGUAUUUGUUGUAUUGCUCACAAGAGUGAUUCUGUCAUACAAAUUAAACUUCCUUAUUCCAUUGUCGAAGGUGGAUGAAAAUAUGAAGGUUGCACAGAGACGGAAUGCUGUCCUUCAAGGAAUGUUUUACUUCAGAAAGGAUAUUUUUAAAGGCUGUAAUGCAGCUGCGGAUACGUGUGCUUCAUCUGAAAAGGGCCUAGACAACGAUAAUGAGAAAUUUGCUUUGAUGAGCAUUGACACACUCAUUAAUGGGAAGGAAGGUGUCUUUCAUGGUUUAAUACCAAUCCUGAACUGCUACCUGGAAAACAUGGAAGUUGACGUAGAAACGCGAUGCACCAUAUUGAAUUAUUUUAAACUGAUAAAGAAGAGAGCUUCAGGGGAGCUGAUGACUAUGGCUCGAUGGAUGCGAGAGUUUGUUGCAAACCACCCUGAAUACAAGCAGGACAGCGUGAUCACGGAUAAAAUCAACUAUGACCUCAUUGUGAAAUGUGACCAGAUUGCAAACAGAGCAGCUUGUUGCCCAGAACUUCUCGGAGAUCCCAUAAACAGGGCAAAAUAAGAGUUUAAAAUUGGACUGUUUGAUUAUUGCAGUGCACUCUGCAUUGCGGCACAGUCACACCUGCUAAAAACAAGGGACUGUAUAAAUGUGCUUCUUUUAUAUAAAGGUGAUUUAACUAUGGGAAAAAAUAUAUGCAUGGGGAGGAGGCCACCAGAAUGGUGGUACUUCUGUAUGGGUUUUAAAACUUCUACAGUAUAAUGUUUUGUCAAUAGCUGUAGUUAUACAACUUUUGCAUAAAGUGCAAAUGUGUGAUGCAGCAGAAACCAGUGAGCACACAUACAGGCUGUCUUCAUAAUCGUGUGAUCACACAGUAUAUAGCCAAAUGCAUUCCGAAACAGAGGGCAUGAUUACAUUUUGGUGGAGAUUGGUGCAAAAAAAGGCUGUUAUCAUGCUGACCAUACAGAGUGUGAAAGACGGAUGGACACGAUUAGUAUGUAAGGGUCCCUAAAAUUGAACCGAUUAAAUGGA